UACCUGACUCCUGACGUGUGUUAUCGCCGAGAGAGAGAGAGAGGGAGAGAGCACAAGAAAGCAGUCAGCCAGUCAGUCCGUUCAUGCCUCAGAGUGGUGUAAGGAGCAUUGAAACAUGUCCGUGGUGGUAUACAAGAGGCAGUCCAACAUAGAUAUUAUACCAGAGGAUGACUACUACACAGAGGUCGCCGCCAGGAAGGAGAGGCCGUAUACCUUCACUUUCUUUGACUUGCCCGACCCUAUCUGUGUGGAAAUCAUCUCUCGGCUCAGUCUGCGAGACACCAGAGCCAUGGCCCUGACUUGCCGUGCUGGUUGGCAGAUCACUCGGGUUCAACUCAUGUGGAGGAAGAAGCUGUGGUUGAGAGCUGGGGUGAUCAACUUGGGAUUGUUUGGGCCAACCUUUGAGCCCAAUGCCCAGGCUGGCAUGCUGGUGCGGGACCCUCUGCUGGUGAACAACAAGAUGCUGUAUGAAAUGCUUGACCCUGACUCCUGCAUUGAUGAAAGUGAGGAGGAUCUGGACAUGGGGCAUCUGUUGUCCAAGAUGGCCACUCCCAAUACAUCGAUUGGUUUCUCAGAUGUCAUAGAUCACAUCCUGAGCAUAUUCAAUGGUGGGAGCCAGCAGACAUCUUACUCUGAUCCCUUCACAAGGGGUGAGGGAGCGCCGACCUUCCUUCUCUUUGGAAUGCCAGAAACCAAAGUCUCCAAGAAACUCGUCCUCAGCUUCAUUGCAUCCAAAGGCUCAACCUUUGACACAGUGGGUUUUGUCAAGGGCAAGCCAGGUGGAUUAGGUGGGGGUGUCACUGUACGUUAUGGUCACCACCUGUUGAAUCUGCUGACAGUGCGGCGUGCUCGUCCCCGCCUGUUGGUACAGGACCCUCGGGGUACCACCUUCCAUCCUGAUGUGGCCAUGGUAAUCCCUCAGGUGGAUGGGCUGAUCUGCUACAUGGAUGCCACCUGCCAUUGUGAAGCGAGGCGGGGUAGUGGCUCUGGUGGUAGCCACACCCUGGACGUGCUGGAGCUGGAGGCCAUGAUACGCACCAUCCCUGCCAAGCUUUGCCCGCCUGUGCUGGUGUUGUUGGCACGCAUGGAUGACCCUCAGGUCCCCAUCGCUGAUUCAGACCAUGAUGCUGAUGGCUUGGUGGACCACAACGUGCUGCGCCGGUCCCCUCAUGCUGACCUCCCGAUGGGCAGCCCCCCACCAAGACACCGGCCAGUCAUGCUGUAUGAUGUCCUUAGCAAAUUGGACCUCCCCUGGGCUGUGUGUGAGGUGGAAGUGAAGACCUUGUCUGGUGUGCACCGAGGCCUGAAUUGGCUGCUGCACCGUACCCUCAAACUUAAGAAUGGAUAAGGUUCCAAUAACACCACCAUUGGAUAAAAUUUCAAGCAUAUUCUUUGCUCAAGGGUGGAUAAUUGAAUGAAAGUAAAGUACAGAAAGAUGUAGUUGACCACAACUUAACAAUCAGGAAGGUGAAGAGAAGUUUUAGUCAUUGUAUUCUCCUGCCAAUGUUCUUUCUUCAUUUUGCUUUUAAAGUUUGCUGUCUGUCUUUGCCUUCCUUCUUUUGGUUUUAAAGACAGGUAUUCUUAAGAAGGAUAUAUUGAUCUCAUCCAUUUUGAAAUGUUCAGAGGCUGUGUAGCAGUAAAUCUUGGUCCAGCAAACUAGAUGCCUUUGAGGAACAAUUUUUUUUCUUCUUAUCUUGAAAGAGUUUCUGUACUCUUGAGAAAACUCUAACCUGAUAUAAAUAUGAGUGAUGAAAGCACAAAACUGUGUGUCAUUUUUUUUCAUCUGAAGAUUAACUUUUUUUUCCAGGAUGUUAAAAUAAUUCUGAUUAUCAUUUUUUUUUUAUUAUUAUGCAUUUCUUAUAUCAGGUUAGAAUUGUUGCAAUAGCUCAUAAUUCUAACUGUGAUGGUGGCAGCAUUCCAUCCUACUGAGGAAUCCAGAGGAGGGCACUGCCUUCCUUUUGAGGACAUGUUCACAUAAAUAUAGGAUAGUAUUGAUAAAGCAGUAUUCAUCUUGCCAGUGUCAUCUGCUUUCAAUAGAGAGAGACUGAACUUGCUGUAGUAGUGACUGGUGUACCUCUUGUAGUAUUUAGUGUUUGUAAUGCAUAUGUACAUCCUUUUACAUGGGCAUGGUUUGAAUGUUAACUCAAAUUAAGGUUCAGUAGCUGCUGACAAGGAAAUAUUAUUGAGGCUGUGGAUUUAGAAAUGCAAGUGUGAGGGUCUCUUUUGUAUUGCACACUCAGCAUUACAACUGUCCAUCCAUUCUGUAUUGUAUACAGGUCAAGGCCAAGCAGCGGCUGUGUGAAAUAUUCUCAUGAAGUGACAAGUUGCUGUGAUGUGGAUUAUUAACUCAUUGUUUGUAGUUUGUUUGUGACUUGUAUGAGUAUUAUGGGAUGAAGUAACACUUUUGUGGUAGAUAUCUAAAACUAAUAUUAUUAAGUACAUUACCAGUUGCUUUUUUAUAUAUUUAUAUGUAUUUUGAAGUAUGUAUGUAUAAUGUAAUUUAAAACAAGUGUGAAUGAGUGUGUGUAUUUACCUAAUUGUAACAUACAGUAAGUCCCUGCACUUGGCGAAUCUCAGCGUGGCAAAAUUCACUUUUGGCAGUAGGGUGGUCAUGGACCACCGAGUGCACGCUUGGUGAUUUGAAUUCAAACUUGGCAGUCCCCUGGCAGCUGCACGGCAAACCAUGUGGCUCCCCUGUGACGUCAGAUCUUUCUCUAAACCUAUCAGAACACAGUGUGAGAGUCCCCUUCAGCCAUUUUGUUUGUGCUACCCUCUGUUCUGCUAGUGUGGGAAUGAAUUCUGGCGAUUUACCACCAACUUGGCCUCUACCAGCGCAACAGGUGGUACCGAUGGGGUUAAGGACAAUGGUGGUGGCAGCAAGGACGAAAGUGGGCAAGGGAAACGGGUGGAAAAACAGGAGUUACAGCCUUUAUAUCAUUUCUUAUUAGCUUUAUUUAUUGUUUAUUUUGUAAAUUUUUUGUACAUGUGUUCUAAUAUGUGAAGGCAAAAGGUUUCAUUUCAACUCGAAAGAUAGUAUUUUAGGGGUCAAAAGAGGGAUUUUGGCAAUGACCAAAGACUGAUUGAGGCAUUUUUUAGGCAAUUUAUAUGGUAUAAAAAAUUUGUGUUUGGCGAAAUUCGCAUUUGGUGGUAGUUACGCCAGACUAAUUAAUUCGCCAAGUGCAGGGGCUUACUGUACAGGAAAAGAGCUGUGCUCAUACUGCCCUGUCUCCAUAUCUAUGAAAAUCCAACAUUUCUUUUGAACUUAUUUAUUGUCCUUGCUUCAACAACUCUCUUAUCUAAACCAUUCCACACAUCUUUUUAGAAAGCUGAACUUCUUGAUAUCUCUCCUGCAGUUGUCCUUUCUUAUUUUCUUUCCAUGUCCUCUUGUGUCACUGGUGCCCCAGAUUAGUAGGUCUUCUCUAUCUAAUUUUUGUAGUCCAUUCAUCACUCUGUACACUGCUAUUAGAUCUCUUGUUUCCCUUCUCUGUUCUAAGGUUGUAAGACCUAGUAUUUGUAGCCUUUCUUCAUAUGACCGUUCGCUUAAAAUGCCCGCCUCAAGGCGCGCGGAUUUAAAUUUUAAAAAACAACCUUCGCCACGUGAAACUUCACAGUUUUCCCGCCACAUUGAGCGAAAAAAACAUUUUUAGUGGAUUUCAAAAAUAUUCGGCCAAAAAUACCCACUUUACCCCUUAAGCUUACGGGAAGCUUUGUUGCUGCCCUCUGUAUUCUCUCUAGUUCCCUUAUAUGUUUCUUUUUGUUUGGUGAUCAUACAAAAGCUGCAUAUUCUAAUUUUGGAUAUAUUAGAGUCAUUAACAAUUUUUUUUUAUCAUAUCUUUGUCUGUUUAAGUGAAUGCUACCUUUAUAUUUCUCAAAAGUUCAUAGGCAUUUCCUGUAAUUCUAUUUAUGUGUUUUUCUGUUGACAGGUUAUAUACAAUGGUUACUCCUUUGUCUUUUUCUUCAGAUAUCUUUUUAAUUUCUUCUUUCCCCAUUGAGUAAACUCUCUUCGGCUUUCUUUUGCUCAUUCCAAAUUCUAAUACACUGCACUUUUUUGUAUUAAAUUCCAUAUCCCAUGUGAAUGACCAUUCCACUAUUUUAUCCAAGUCUUGUAGCGCCUCACAAUCUUCCUUUCUAUUCAUCCUUUUCAUUAAUUUAGCAUCAUCUACAAACAGACUGAUGUAACUGUCUAUAUUUUCUGAUAUAUCGUUCACAUAUACCGCAAACAUUAUUGGUGCUAAUACCGACCCCUGCAGAACUCCACUUAAGACUCUUUUUUCAAGCCGAUUUUUUAUCUCUUAUAAUUUUUCUCAUUUCUCUGCCUUUUUAGAAAAUCAGCCUUUCAUUUCAAAAGUCCUCCCUUUAGUCCUCCAUUGUGUUCAAGUUUCCACAUUAACCUUCUGUGCAGUACCUUGUCAGAUGCCUUCUUUAGAUCUAGGUAUAUUAAAUUUGUGACACAUGAUCUUCCUCUUCUGAUUUCAUACUGUCUAUCUGUUAACAUACCAUUCUCCUCCAGGUAUUCCAUCCAUUUUUUUAUUAUCCUUUCACAUAUUUUUGCUGUUACACUGGUCAGUUACACUGGUCUGUAGUUUAAUGGACCCUCCUUAUUUCCCCUUUGAAUAUGAGCACAUUAUCUGUCCCUUUCCAGUCUGUUGGUACUUUACUCUCUGUUAAGGAACUCAUAAUGAUGUGGACUUUGUCUGCUAAUUAGUGACUGCAUUUCUUUACAAUCCAGUUUGACACUCCAUUGGGACCUGAGGCUUUCCUUGCAUCUAGUUCUUUCAUUAUUUUCCUUACUUCUACUGACACUUGUAUUUCAUGAACACCAUCAGUUAAUUCCACUGGGGUUUGACAUUGGAAAUCACUUUCUCUGGUGAAGACUGACUGGAAGCAGUUGUUCAUCACUCCUGCCAUAUCUUCUGGGUCUUCAUACAUUUCAUUAUUGUAUUUCAGUUUGCUUAUUUCUCCUUUGUUUUCGAGCUUGCCAUUUACAUAUCUGUAAAACAAUUUUGGCUGGUCCUUACAUUUAUCCACUAUAUCCUUCUCAUAAUUUUUCUGUUCCAUUCUCUGAAUCUUGAUGUACUCGUUUCUUUUCCGAGCAUAGUCUAACCAAUGAUUUGGUCUUAUGUUUCUGCUCCGUCUAUUCUAGUCUUUUUCUCUUUCCAUCCUUGCUAACACAUCUUCUGUUAAAUCACUCCUUGUGUCUAGGCUUGUCUAUUUUCUUGAUUGGCACAUGUUUCAUUAUUCCUUCAUUAUACUUCAAUAAAAUAUUCCACUUGUCUUCAGUUUUCUCCGAUAUAUAAAAUUCAGUCCAGUCUGCUUGUUCAAAGUAUUUCCUUAAUUCUGCAAAGUUAGUUUUACUGUAAUUGUGCCUUUUAUUUUUAUAGUCUUUGUUCCUAAUUUCUUCCAGUCCUUCUUUCAGCCUAAAUUUUAGUAAUACAUUAUCACUUUAACUGAGUGGACUCUUAUAUUCCAAGUUAUCAAGUAUCUCUGGUUCUUUAGUAAAUACUAAGUCCAAUUGUGAUGGUUCUUCAUUUGCUCUAUACCUUGUGUUGUCCUUCACCCAUUGAGUAAGGAAAUUGUCUGCUGCUAGAUUCAUUAGUAUAUUUUCCCAAAAUGUUUUUCCUCCCUCAGUUGUCAGGUCUUCCCAAACUGUUUCCUUGCAGUUAAAGUCACCCAUCACUUAUAUUUUUUACUCUUUUCCAGUUAGUCUCUGUAAACAUUUUCUGGUAUCAUUAAGCAUGUUCCUGUAUUCUUCAUUUCCCUAUGAGUUUGUUUUGGCUGGCACAUAAACAACGGCAAAGUCCCUUUUUCCUUCUUGAAUUCUUACUAGUGCUUGUAGCACUUCAGCACUUCCUUCUCCACAAAUUAUUUCAUUCACCUGCAGCUCUUUCUUUACAAGUAACAUCACUCCUCUUCUUUUUUUUUGUUUCUCUAUUCUUCUUCCAUAUAUUGUAACUACUUUUCCUAAUAUCCAAUGCUUCAAGUCCUCCGUAUGAUUUCGUCUCAGUUAAUCCCACAAUGUCAGGCUUGUUUUCCCUUAGAUAAUCAUUCAACUCUACUUUUGCCGUUAAAAUACCAUUUAUAUUUGUGUUAUGCGACUUUUAAUACUCUUCCUCUUUACAGUGAUACUUAUUUCCCUUUUGUUCUCCCUCCUUGUGUACCACUUCCUCAGUCUCAUGUCUUUGACCUUCCAGUAGUAGCUCGUUCUCUCCUCUGCUGUUCUGUUUAAAAUUUUUUUCUUUGGUUGUUUCCCAUAGCUUUCCUCUUCAUUUAGAUUGCGUCUCAACCAUACAUUUUUAUACACUUCUUUCCUUCCCAUCCUCCAUGAGCCUGCUAGGAUUUCCUCUGCAACUGCUUGCGAUCUUAUUCUAAUCUUUAACAGACAUGUUUUUCCCUCGUAUUUUCCCAGUCUAUAGACUUCUUCAAUUUCUCCACUCAGUCUCCUGCUUUCUUCUUCAUCAUCCUUCUUCUCCAUCACUACUUUCUCAGCCUGCUUUUUCUCAUAUUCUUCUCAUUCAUGUCUAAUUGGUAUUACUUUUUCCAAUAAUCCAAAGAUAAAAACACACACUUUGUUUUCCACAGUAUUCCUAAUCAGAUUUUCCUUUACUACCAUUUUGGCAACCUCUUGUUCCCUUUCCUAGGCCAAUUCUUCUAUAGCCUUUUUAAAACUAACUUCUUGGUGAUUCUGGUCCAUUUUCCAAUGAUUUUGCUUUUCACAUUUUCCUCUCUUGAUCUUCAUUAUCUUCCAUUUUCUUUUCACUAGCACAAACUUUGUUCUUCUGGUCAUCAUAGUUUUUCUUCAACACUUCGGUGUUUGCCUUCAUGAUCUCAUUGUCCUUUUCCAUAGUUUUUACUAGCCAUCAGGUCUUUCACUAGGUCCUCCAUCUUACCAUUUGGUGUAAACAAACACCCCUCACCCUUUUCACUUUGUUCCUUCCUCUUUUUCCAUCUUAUUGACAUUUUAACCCCACCACCUAGAUGGGACAGCAGUAAAAUGUAGCUCUCACCUUUAGGUGAGAGCUAGGUAAAAGAUAUUCUUGGUGACUUGAAGUAAUAAUAAAAUGGAGCUCAGUGUG